AUGGCCUCGGAUCCCUUCGAAGCAGCUCAAUAUAGCGCUGAUAUCUUCGGUCUCUAUCAUGAAAACGCUACAAUCGUGCGAGCUAGUGUUCCUCUUCCUCAGCUGCCUAGCGGUGGAUGCAACUAUGUAGAUUUGACGCCCGGUACUCAAGGAUCACGAUGCGGCUGCCGUCGCUUCUGGUCUUCCCAGCCAGGCAGCCCUCACUUGGACCAAGCUGGUUGGUGCAUGUGCAACCAUCAUGCGUGCUACCAUGACGAUCACCAUCGCACUUCCCAGCCUCAACUGCAGUCGGCGGAAAUGAUCUCGAUGCCCACCACUGCACAAGUCACCGAAAAUCUGCAGGCGAUUCCGGGACUAGACGCCAUGAGCCCCGUUCUGGACCUCAUGUCAACCAAGGAAACGUCUGUGAUACUUGGGCCCGAGCUCCUCAGCUUCAAUGGAGCCAGCCCCUUGUCUUUUCUCCAGAAGCCCAUCGAUGAGCAUUUCAAUUCUCUGGGGGCUGUUCCGACACCUCAGCAGGCGUCUGCUUCCAUGCCUGAUACUCUGGCCUGGACUGAUCCUGUGAGACAUACUCAACCGGAAUCCCCUGCAGGACCAGCAUCUAUUCCUCCUCAGAGUCUCAUAUCUCAGUCGACCUCCAACAACUCUUCUAUACAUGCCAAGUAUCUGAGGCCCUUUGGCGGAAUAGGCUUGCAUACUCUCAGCAGCAACAAUCCGUCUAAUGUCCCAUUGCAGUCAAUUGAACAGCCCAGCUUGCCGGAGUCACUGUUACAGCAGAAGACUCAAAGUAUCGAAGAAUCAUUUGUAUUCGUAACUGCGGAUGAGGAGUCUACCCCAAGGCCGGACACUGCCACCACCCAGAUCGAACCUCGUGCUGUUGCUGCUGCUGCUGCUGCCGCAUCAUCCGAGGCCCUAUCUACUGAGGCAUUGAAAAAUCUCACAGACAUAGUCGGCACCCACUCAGAACGGCUUGACAAGCUGGAGGCCUCUUUCUCGGAUAAUGCUCACGAAGAGUGUAAUGACAAUUAUGAGCUGAUGGAUAUUCGUGUUCUUGAGCUGGAGAGCAAAAUGGAAGAUAUUGAAAAUCGUGUUCUUGACAAUGACAGCACAAAUGACCAUCCAGAUGACGCUACCACCCCCAGCGAAGGCACUCCGACCCUCUCCAGUGCUACCAACCGCCAAAAGUACUCGCAGGAAGUUUACAGCCAGCUCCAGUCCCUACAAGCCCAAGUCAAUCAACUUCAAUCAGUCAUCCCUUCUUGGAAUCAUGCUUGGGAAGUGGAAGUCGUCUUUAUGCCCUUUCCACUCGGGAGGCUCUGGCAGCCUAUUAGCCAGUUCAAUGCUGCUCUGAAAUUUGAUAAUGAGGAUGAUUGGACCCAGCUCCCCAUGACACUGAGCACAUCCAGAUCCCGAGCUCAGUCCCCUUUCUUAGAAGACUGGGCUGCGCAUGACCGCGAGGUAGAAUGGCUCCUACCUAGGGCAUGCAGCAACAAGGGCGUGGCAGACUGGCGUCUGAGGAGUCGUGGGCUCGUCAAGAAAAUUGUGGUGAAUAAUCCGGAUGCGAGAAGCGUUAGCGUUGCGAUGCACGCGGCUUUUGGAAAUGUGUUCCGCGACAUGCACAUGUAUGCCAGACCACAAAGCCCUUACUCCAAGGCCUCCAAGUAUAUGGGACUUCAGUCGCCAUGGGUUCCUCUCCGCAAAAUCCAUAAAGACUCACGUCUACGAUUCCUGGGUCCAGAGGAAAUGCUGACUCCGGCAUUGUGGGACGUUCAGUUCCUCAACUCAAUUAUGAUGAGGUCAUCAGAACCUAGGUUGUUCGUUACUCAUCCCGACGCCUACCUUCAGACCUAUGAAGCGUACGAGUCGUCUUGGACUUGGACAAGGCUACAGGAGAUGCCGCCAGCCUUUGAUGUUACAGAAUCGCAGGAAACACCCGAGAUGAAUCGACUUGAAGAAUGCUGGGCAUGCAAUGAGCAGCUGGACGGACCGCUGGCUGCGCAACUUCCUAGCAAAAUUCCCCGUCAAGAAGAACGCCGGGUCUCAAUAUCGCCAUCUGUUGAAGUUUUCCCCACCGACCGUCUCUGGUCGGAACCUACCUCGACUACUAUCCAUCGCCAAUCAGUAAUAAGACGGAGCAAAGAGUCGGUCCCGCCUUUCCCCAGGACUCCGUCGGCGCCUAUCCAUGCCAAAAUGCAUCAGUCUGCGUCGGGAGCAAUUCCCAAACGUCAGGUCUCAUCUCGUGGCCAAAGCCGAAGGUCUUCACCAGCUAUCCAGAGCCUACCUCAGGCAGGCGUUACAAAGAGGCGCCAGACGCGGGACUUGUCUGGCUACGCACGAUAUACCCCAAGACUAACCGAGUCACCACCUUCUACGCCCAUUGUUUUUACUCGCCAGCGCAGCCGAAGUGCAACUCCUGGUAGGGGUAUAACUCCGGCUCGAGGCACUACCCCUGGUGACUAUGCUACACCUCAUAGCAUUCCCCCCCUCCGGGAAAUUUCGAUGGAGCCAAAAAUUCGCCGUGUCCGCGAACAGUCAGUAGCCAUGGUUGACGCUGACGAAGCAUAUGAGGGUAGUGAGAGCUCUGGUUUUAUGAGCGAGGAUGACGAAUCAUACAACAAUGAGGGGGGCGAUGCAGGCGAGCAAGAGGAAGAGAAGGAGAAUAUCAGCACCAUAAGUGCGCCGCGUGGUUCCCGACUGCCUGUAUCAUCCCAAUUUGGUCCAGAGAGUAGCUCACCGCCACGGCAACUUCCUCGUUCAAGCAGAGAUAGCGUUGACGAAUGGCCCGGCGUCCAAGAUCAAGGAUCGGGCAAUCAUCCAAACAUGGAGAAUAUAGCACCUCCGGCCAACGGUGAACCGAUUGAUGAGAAUCAUUCCGACGGCGAGAACAUUGACCCCAACCUCAUGGAUGUGGAACACGAAAGUGACCACAGCGGGCCCUCUGAGUAUCCGAGUACACCGAGAGGGUGGCGAGACCAGACAUCAGGGGAGAUUUUUAUCCAUCAGGAUGACCGGGAUGAGAAAGCUUAA